AUGGAGCAGAUCGCACAGCAGUUCACCGACUUUUACUACUCGACGUUCGACGCUGAUCGUAAUCAGCUGGUCAACCUUUACCGCGGCAACUCGAUGCUGACCUUCGAAGGCUCGCAAGUGCAGGGUGCGCAAGCCAUCGUCGAGAAGCUCACGGGACUGCCGUUCCAAAAGGUGCAACACAAGGUCGAGACGCGCGACGCCCAACCCACGGGCGACGGCAACAGCCUCGUCGUCCUCGUCACCGGCACGCUCGCCGUCGACGACGGCCCUCAACCGCUCAAGUUCUCCCAGACCUUCACGUUGAACCCCGAAAACGGCUCUUUCUACGUCUUCAACGAUAUCUUCCGCCUCAACUACGGUUAA